AUGUCGUUCCGUAGCCCUCCUAGGGUCGCUGCCAAUACCACCUACACUCUCGCCACCGCGGUCCUCCCUCUCGACGAGAACACCACCGAGACCCUCCAAAACGCCCACCAAGCCCUGCACAACGCUCUGGUCAAUCUCGAAGCUUACGUCGCCACUCAUCCCGAAUGUGCCCGUGCCGUGCAGGAGAACUUCACCGCUGUGUUCCAGGGCGCUUGUGGACCCUCCAUGGUGAUGGAAGAGCACAUGGUUACGGCCAUGGUCACGGCUUUGGGGAUCUUUGUGGUCUUCAUGCUCACCUGCAUGUUGCGUUGA